GGGAGAACCCGCGACAACAAAAGGCGCGGGCGGCGGCGGCGGCGGCCCGGCGGAGCGAAGCUGGGGAGUCCUGUACUGUGCUCGCCGCCGGAGAUCAGGGCUUUCUCGAGCCGGAGUCCAGAAAUUACAUAAAAUGGAUAUUUCUCACACUAGAUACUGAAUAUUAAGUAAAAUCUAAGUUGCUAUGGAAGAAAUACCAGUAAAAGUUGCUGUAAGAAUCCGACCUCUGCUAUGCAAAGAAGUUCUUCAUAAUCAUCAAGCUUGUGUGAGAGUUAUUCCAAACACCCAGCAAAUUAUCAUUGGGAAAGAUAGAGUCUUUACUUUUGAUUUUGUUUUUGGCAAGAAUUCCACUCAAGAUGAAGUUUAUAAUGCAUGUAUAAAGCCACUAGUGUUGUCGCUCAUUGAGGGCUAUAAUGCAACCGUUUUUGCCUAUGGACAAACUGGAUCCGGGAAGACCUACACCAUUGGAGGAGGCCAUGUUGCUUCAGUUGUGGAGGGUCAAAAGGGUAUCAUUCCUCGAGCUAUCCAAGAAAUAUUUCAAAACAUCUCUGAAAAUUCUAGCACUGACUUUAAUAUCAAAGUGUCUUAUAUAGAAGUAUAUAAGGAAGACCUAAGAGAUCUUCUAGAAUUGGAAACAUCUAUGAAGGAUCUUCACAUCCGAGAAGAUGAAAAAGGAAACACAGUGAUUGUUGGGGCCAAGGAAUGUCACGUGGAGAAUGCAGAUGAGGUGAUGAGUCUCCUGGAGAUGGGGAAUGCAGCCAGGCAUACAGGUACCACCCAAAUGAACGAGCACUCCAGUAGAUCACAUGCAAUUUUUACAAUCAGCAUUUGUCAAGUAGAGAAAAAUACAGAGGCAGCUGAAGAUGGAUCGUGGUAUUCCCAUCGGCAUAUUGUCUCAAAGUUCCACUUUGUGGAUUUGGCGGGCUCGGAAAGAGUAACUAAAACCGGGAAUACUGGCGAACGGUUCAAAGAAUCCAUUCAGAUCAACAGUGGGCUGUUGGCUUUAGGAAAUGUAAUCAGUGCUCUUGGGGACCCACGCAGGAAGAGCUCCCAUAUUCCAUAUAGGGACGCUAAAAUCACCCGGCUUCUGAAAGAUUCCUUGGGAGGCAGUGCCAAGACUGUCAUGAUCACUUGCGUCAGCCCAUCCUCCUCAGAUUUUGACGAGUCCUUAAAUUCCCUCAAAUAUGCCAACAGAGCACGCAAUAUUAGAAACAAACCCACCUUAAACUUCAGCCCCGAGUCUGACCGUAUGGAUGAAAUGGAAUUUGAAAUCAAGUUGCUUCGAGAAGCUCUGCAAAGCCAGCAGGAUAGCAGCAGCCAAACCAGCCAGAUCCAUCAAGAGGGGACUCCUGAUAAAAACAGGAUCCGGUCUCUUGAGGAACAAGUAGCUCAGCUACAAGGAGAGUGUCAGAGUUACCAAACCUGUGUAGAGGAAGCCUUUACCUUCCUGGUGGACUUAAAGGGUGCUGUCAGACUGAACCAAAAGCAGCAACACAAACUGCAGGAGUGGUUUAACAUGACCCAGGAUGUCAGGAAGGCGGUGUUCACCUCGUUCAGAGGGAGCCACGGCGUCGGCAACCUGGAAGAAGGACCACAGCAUGUGACAGUUCUCCAGCUGAAGCGAGAGCUUAGGAAAUGCCAGUGUGCACUGGCUGCUGAUGAAGUUGUAUUUAAUCAGAAGGAAUUGCAGGUGAAGGAACUGAAGAAUCAAGUACAAAUGAUGGUCCAGGAAAACAAAGGACACGUGGUAUCUUUGAAAGAAGCACAAAACGUCAAUAGAUUGCAGAAUGAAAAAAUAAUAGAACAACAACUUCUUGUGGAUCAACUGAGUGAAGAACUAGCAAGACUUAAUCCGUCAAUGACAUCUUCAGCUACGGAAACUUGUGGAGACAGGCCAGACACCAGGACACCUGGAAAGAGGCCAUGUACCGUACCGUUUGAUACUCGUUUGGGGCAUUAUAUUUAUAUCCCAGCCAGAUCAGAUUCCAGGAAGGUCUACACAAGUCCUUCUGUGUACUCUCUGGAUCGAGUAGUUGCUGGAUUUCGAACACGAAGUCAGAUGCUGCUGGGUCAUAUAGAAGAACAAGAUGAAGUCCUCCACUGCCAAUUUUCUGAUGACAGUGAUGAUGAAGAAUCAGAAGGCCAAGGGAAAUCUGAAAUUAGACAUAGAAGUCGCUCGUGGAUUCAGAAGCGAAGUUCUGUUUGUUCUCUUGUUGAAUUGAAUGAUAUUCAGGAUCAAACACAAAAGUCAAGUUUGGGGAAUGAAGAUUUAAAGAUUGAAUGUCUCCAGGAGAGUCAAGAGUUGAAUUUGCAAAAAUUAAGGAAUUCAGAACUCAUACUUACUGAAGCCAAACAGAAAAUGAGAGAACUUACAAUUAACAUCAAGAUGAAGGAAGAUCUAAUUAAAGAAUUAAUAAAAACAGGUAACCAUGCCAAGUCUGUAAGCAAACAGUAUUCUCUGAAAGUAACAAAACUUGAGCACGAAGCAGAACAGGCAAAAGUGGAAUUAACUGAAACAGAGAAGCAGCUGCAGGAACUAGAAAACAAAGAUCUUUCUGAUAUCGCCCUGAAGGUAAAAUUACAGAAGGAGUUCCGCAAAAAGAUGGACGCCGCAAAGCUAAGAGUCCAGGUCUUACAGAAGAAGCAACAAAAUAGUAAGAAAUUGGCAUCAUUGUCAAUCCAAAAUGAGAAACGUGCUAAUGAACUAGAGCAGAAUGUAGAUCACAUGAAACAUCAAAAGGUACAGCUGCAAAAGAGACUUCGAGAAGAAAAUGAAAAAAGGAAGCAACUGGAUGCAGAAAUUCAGCGGGAUCAACAAAAAAUCAAAGAACUAAAGUCAAAAACAGAACAGGAAGACUCUCUGACACUGGAAACCGAGGACCUUGAUGCAUUUAAGAUGAAAAAGAGAAAAGGUUCGUUUGGAAGUAUAGACCAAUUCCAGAAAUUGGAUGAGCAAAAGAAAUGGUUAGAUGAAGAAGUAGAAAAAGUCCUGAACCAACGCCAAGAAUUGGAGGAGCUGGAAGAAGAUUUAAAAAAACGAGAGGCCAUAGUUUGUAAGAAGGAGGCCCUGUUACAGGAGAAGAGCCACCUGGAAAAUAAGAAGUUGAGAUCUAGCCAGGUCUUAAACACAGAUAGUUUGAAAAUAUCAACUCGCCUGAACUUGUUGGACCAAGAGUUGUCUGAAAAGAAUGUAGAGCUGCAACACAGCACAGCUGAGGAGAAAAUAAAGAUUUCUGAACAAGUUCAGGCCCUCCAGAAAGAGAAGGAUCAGCUACAGAGACGAAGAAACAGUGUGGACGAGAAACUUAAAAAUGGUAGUGUGUUGUCACCUGAAGAAGAACAUGUUCUUUUCCAACUUGAAGAAGGGAUUGAAGCUUUGGAAGCUGCAAUUGAAUACAAGAAUGAAAGUAUCCGGAGUCGCCAGAACUCGCUCAGAGCUUCAUUCCAAAACCUCUCUUGUAGUGAAGCAAAUGUCUUGGAAAAACUAAUUUGCCUGAGUCCCAUUGAGAUUAGAGCUAUUCUUUUCAGAUAUUUCAAUAAGGUGGUCAUUUUGCGAGAAACUGAACGGAAACUACACUUAGAGAAUGAAGAAGUUAAAAUGAAGAUUCUGGAGCGGGAUAAUAUGGUUCGUGAGUUGGAAUCUGCAUUGGAACAUCUGAAAUUGCAGUGCGACCGGAGACUGACUCUCCAGCAAAAGGAACAUGAGCAAAAACUGCAGCUGCUGUUACAUCAUUUUAAAGAGCAAGAGGGGGAAGGCAUUAUGGAAACUUUCAAAACAUAUGAAGAUAAAAUCCAGCAGCUGGAAAAAGACCUUUAUUUCUAUAAGAAAACUAGCAGAGAUCUUAAGAAGAAACUUAAGGAAUUGGUAGGGGAAACAGUUCGGCGGCAACAAGUACCAUCUGAACAUCAUGAUGCUGGAGAUGGAGUCCUGAACCCUGAAGAAGCAGUCAUGGUUCCAGAAGAAUUAAAAUGGGCAUCCAGAACUGAAAGUAUAAAGUUAAGUGGAAGAGAAAGAGAAUUAGACAGUUCAACAAGCAGCUUAAGAACACAACUGAAUCCUCAGAAGCUCUUGGAAGAGGCCCCGGAAUUACCUCCAAUCUGUAGCUCUUUAGCACCCACUAGUGGGCAUUUGCUAAACAAUGAGGAUAAAAAAGAAAUAGACGAGUAUCAUUUCAUAAAAUCUCACAGUCGACCAUCACCUCAAAUCCAGCCAGUGGGAAACGCAGGACAGCUUCAUGGUGUCACAUCUGUAAAGUUAUGUCGUAAAGAGUUACGUCAGAUUUCUGCCUUGGAACUAUCACUACGGCGUUCCAGUCUUGGAGUUGGGGUUGGAUCUAUGACUCCUGAUUCCAUUGAAGUAGCUAGGAAGCCGAGUGACUUUAAAACAGACAUUUGAUAAUACAAUUUUCAAUUUAGUAGAGGUGUAAGAUUCCUUUUUCUAACCUGUUAGAAAUUAAAGCUUAUGCUCACUAGUUCUUCCCUCAGGAUAAAGGAAGAAGGGAAGGAAGGAAUCAUUUUAUAUACUAUAGACGUGUGUAUCUUCUGUGGUAUAUUUGGGGAGUUUUAAUGACUUGCAGAUAUUUCCAUAAUAACGAAAUGAACACGUUUUCCCAUAGUAUCAAAUAAUGGAAUAUUUAAAUAUUUCCCCUUAUAACUUUGCUUAAAAUUUCUCUCCAGGCAUAUAUAAAGAACAAAACAUAAAAGUAGGAUUAUAAACUAAAAUAUCCAUCAAAUGUAUAUUGCCAUAUAAUAUAAAAGUAUGUUUUAAUACAUUAAUUAUAUCUUACAAGUUCAUAUUAUUAUCAUUCUCAAAUAUAAAUAUGUGUUUGUUAUUUUGGAGAGAUGCAGUUAAAUAUUGCUUGUAUGAGCAGGGGAGUCUCCUGCUGCAUAUGUUUUGGCAUAGCUGAAAAUCUGUGCCAAAAUGCAGUCUGUGGAUGAAGGUAAUUGAUUAGGUUUAUGGUUAAAGUUAAUUUAUGGUCCUCAGUGUCCACAGAGGUUAGGUGAUCAGUCUUGACUUUUUAAACAUGGUUCUCUGCUUUUUCUGAGAUUGUUUUCAGAAUGUCAUAUUGUUGGUUUGCUAAUAUUAUGGAAUGUAAGUCUUCGUCUCUCUCCCACCCUGUCUAUUCAACAUAGAUCUCAUUAGGCUACUAGAUUUGGGGGAAAGGAUGCAGUUCCUUGCCACAGGGAAGCAAUAAUAGAAUAACAAUAAAGCAUUACAGCAUUUCAAGGAAAAGAUACCUGGACACAGGGAGUAUGACUAUAAACUUGACGUCUAACCAGAGGCUCAAUAGCUAAUGAUCCGUUGGGCUUACUGGGAGAUUUUUUUCUACGGCCUGCUAGGUCAGGUCAUGCACACAGGCAGGCCAGACUGCAUUGGGACUGUAAAUAUGUAAAUGAAAACUUUUCUUCAUGAUUUUUUUUAGUCUAAAUCUUACUAUAUAAUCUAAACUUCAGUUUGGAAUUAAGAACUGAACACUGAUUGGCCCAACAAACGGUUUGUACUUUUUCAUCAUACUUUUUAAUCACGAAAACAUCCCAUUAUAAUGACCAGAGGUAUUUUGUUACUUUUUGUUGCUGCUGUUGUCAUUUGUGUUACUUUUCCACAUUUUCACUUGUAAAAUAAAAUUUUUUCUUAAACUAA